AUGUCAUACCGCAACACUGAUGUUGCUAACCCUCAGGACCAAGUCUAUCCUCAACAACAAGCAGCUCGAUCGAGUCAAGCCACAACAUGGGUAUGGUCAAAAGAACAAUUACCAAGGACCACAAGGCACUUUCCCUGGACAACAAAUGAAUAUCCCACCAGGCUUCCCCACCAACCACCCCAGCCUGCACCUUCACAAGAGAAUGAGCUCAAGGCAAUGCUAAAGCAACUACUUCAAGGGCAAGCUGAUGGGCAAGGACAACUACCUGGUAAAGCUAUUCAGAACCCCAAGGAACAGUGCAAGGUCAUCUUCACUCAAGAAGGACUUGUUGAAGAAGAGGAUCAAGAAAGGGUCAUUGAAGAUUUUUGUUUACUGCUGAAUGAUGAAGAGAUUGUUGCUGCUGAGGCUCCUGGAGUCCAGAUUGAUCAACCAGAAGUGCAGGCACCUACUGUGGCCAUUCACACUUCACCAGUUGAGCUCGCACAACAAGCUCGAUCGGCAGCUCGAUCGAGUCCAACUCUAGCUCGAUCGAGUCCGACCUCUUCUGUCCAAAGCCUUUUGCUUGAUCCUUACCAACCGGUUGCCGCUUCCUCGUCUCGCCUACUUAGUCAAGGUCACAAGGAAGUGAUUCACAAGUUCAGAAGAGAUCUCAGUGGGAUUGGAAUUGAGUUGCCUCCUAUGGAUAGCAUGAGUGAGGCAUUUGAUCAAAUGCAAAUGGUCAAGGAUGUUCUAGCCAACAGUGAUAAAGUUUCAGAGGUCCUACAAGAGUCUACUCAUCAGUUCAACCUGCUUACUUCACCCACUUUCCUACCAAAGGUCAAGGAUCAAGGGAAAUUCACUCUCCCUUGCACACUUGGGCAUCUUGAGAUUGACAAUGCCUUAGUGGAUUCUGGAGCAAGCAUCAAUCUGAUCUCUCUCUCCAUGGCAGAGAAGCUAGGCAUUGCUGGAGCCUUGCAGCGCCCUACUACUUCAAUCAUGUUUGGAGAUGCAACUUCUAAGUCUCCUCUUGGAGUGUUCAAGAACUAUCACUUGAAAAUUGGAGAAUGCAUCAUCCAAACUGAUCUCACUGUGAUGGAAAUGGAAGAAGAGAAGGAUCUACCUCUGUUAUUGGGAACCCCUUUCCUUAGUACAGUUGGCGCUUCAAUAGACUUUCACAAGCAAGAAGUGAUCCUUCACAAGGUGAAUAGUUUGGUGUCAUAUCGCUUGCAGCCUAGAGGUUCAGACUUUUGUGCCACAAUUGACAGUACCACUCUCAGUUCUAAGAGUCAUGGAGCUACAAAGGUUGUGAAGGAAAGGGUUGACAAAGAACCAAGAGUUGGGAAGGAUAAGGAUGAGAGAGGACCAAGGAUUGAGAAGCCACGUCUUGAGAGGGCUAGAGUUGAGAAACCACGUUCUGAUAGGCCACGAGCUGAUAGACUUGUUCAAGCCCCUUGUGUGCUUGAUGAAGAGAGCCUUCAAGCUUUGUUUGAUGAGCCACUAGGAAGGGCUCUAAAAGAAGGGGAGGAUGCAGCCUCUAAGGCAAGACCAGGUGAUAAAAGAAAGGAUCCACCAGCUCAGGCCCCUUCAUCAAGCCAUCUCAGCUCACAAUGA